GUUCAUUUUAUUUCCGACAGUAUAUUUUUAUAGAGGAAAUUUGUUUAGAUAUUUAUUUAUAUACCUGGAAUUUUUUUUUAUUAUGACGGACUAAUUAAAUGAACUAUGAUAUAUCGUGCGAUCUAGGACGUUUCGGUGUUGGGCAGUAGUUGUCGUCAGCUCCUUCUUCCGAUUUAGAGUUUGUAGAUUUUCUGUCCGAAGCAUAGUAUUUGUAUCUACAUGCAUUGCUUAAUGUGUCAUGUUCAUGUUUGACAGAGACAAAAAAGUGUUUUUGUAGAAAGCACUUUGCAACUUCAUUUAUCAAUAGUGUAUGGUUUACGCUGUUUAUAAUAUCGUUCAGCAGCUGUCUUUACAUUGCACGCAUUUCUACACAUCUUUGUAAUAAAAUGUUAUAAUGAUUACUUAUAGGCCUAAUCAAGCUCAGCGUUUAACAUUAUAUCAGCUAUGCAUAUAGAAAUGUACAGCUUAAUUUACUAUUAUACUGUGUACUAAUCAGGGGCGGGUACAAAAGAGAUGUCAUGUGUAAAGAGGAGGGGGGUGAAUUUUUCUUUAAAAUGUUUAUCCAAAUGGAGGUGGGGUGGGAGUUGCAACCCCCAAACCCCCCUCUAAAUCUACCACUGCUUUUGAAUUCAUUAAUCAAAACCAAAUAACCAAUUUCAUACACAGAGAAAAAAUUAUUAUAUUUUUCGUAAUAUACAUUAGAUACUGCAAGAUUAUUUUGCAUGGUGAUCAAGAAUGAUAUUUUUUCAUAACGCCUGAGUAAUAUAAAAACAAAGAAAAUAAAACAAAGUUUGAAAAAUAAAAUCUAAUUAGGGUGUCUGCAGAUGUGUUUUAAUUGGUCUCUCAUAUUCAAAGUCAGUAACUCAAAGAUACAUUUCUAGCGUUAUAGGAUUUGAUCACGUGACCAACUUCAUGUCAUAUCCCAAUAACAUUCAAAAAUGGUAUCUAAUUUCUUAAAUAACUUCAAUUCAAUUGAUAUACGUUUAUGGUUACUCUUACAUGUAUAUGUUGAAAAAUGAUGUGUUCUCCACAGGAUUUGAACAUAGGACCCCCUGCUUACAAAAGAAGUGCGUUAUCCACUGCGCCACCGUGACUUGUUCUCGGUUGUGUAUCAAUUAUAUCUAGUUGUUCGUUAAGCUACAAUGUAUAUAUAAUAUGUGUGUAACAUUCAACAAUACAUUUUUCUAUCAUAAACAUUACAUUGUAAGCAAGUAUUUUGACAUUAUCUACGAACAUACAACAUUAAUUUCAUAUUUAUAUUUAUCGGCACAGCUGAGUUAUAAUUAUCGAGAUCGUUGAUGACCUACUGGCGUCUGCGAAGUCCUAUAUGCAGCCUAUCUUUAUGUACACUAACUCGUUAUGUUCUAUAUUUGGGGAUGGGUAUUAAACAUGGGGAAAAUACGAUACUGUACUUUACUCAUGACAUCAAAAUAUAAUUAUUCGAUGAUCAUAAAACUAGCCCAUGUACAACACGGCAUGUUGACGCCCAGUCCCGGCCAUUUGUUUACAUGCAUCGGCUCGGCGAUCUGUCAAAACAGUGGCGGAUCUGCAUUCUUUGUUGAUCAUAUGUUUACAUAAAGUCAAGUCGUUAGAUAAUGCUAUCGUGAAGUCCGCGGAUCGAAUAACAUGAUUAUGCAUGUUUUUAGGAAACACAAUGUAAUCACUUACCUAGUAACCCUGGUAUUCUGGAAGAAAAACGUUUCUCGUGUGUUGUUUGGAAAAAUUCGUGCCGCUGAAUCCGGCCCGUUUAUAAAUUUGAUUUUAUAAAUUGUUUACAUAACUAUUUAAUUAAUUUUCGAUAUGAGCAAGAUUACAAACCACGAAAAAUUGUAUGCAGGAAAAUAUUAUGUAUUCAGACAACUCGUUGUCCAGAUUUCGUCGUGGUUUACGUUCUUGCUCAUAGUAUAAAACUCAAUACAAAUGAUUGAAAAUCGAUAAAUUCCCAUGAUUUUCCAAAUUAUGCCAAAAUUGGAUCCCAAUAUCUUGCUAAAACAAAAAUAUUGGACUAAAAAAAACAUCUUGUUACAGCAAGAUAGGAUAAAAAUUAAAAGAUGUGAUCCAUUAAUUAUAAUUUUUACACAUGUGUAAUUUUCAAGGAAAAUGGGGGCCAGCUUUUGUAGCUUGUCCUUUACGGGUUAUGUUAAUCGACUUAUCUCCCUUUGAUUGUAUUGUGCUUCAAUGGUUACGGAAUUUAUGUGACAGUUUAAUUCAUCGGCGAAAUAAAAGUAAUACGAGAAGAUAAUUGUUGUCAAGUCUUUUAACUACAUGUAUUUUAUUUGCAGAUUCAACAUUUGAGAUAAAUUGUAUUUGCAGAUUCAACAUUUGAGAUAAAUUCGACCUAUCUUUAAAAGCAAAGUCAUACAAUAUUGUUGAUUAUUGUCAUCACAGAUUUUCAAUGAUGAUCAUCGGAAAUCUAUAAUUCUUUCCUCGAUCAAAGAUGUACAUAAACUUUUCAAAAUAAUUGAGAUAUAUGUUUUGAGAUCCUAUGUAAAAAUCUAUCAUUUUAUAAUGUUUUAUAAGGACAUGUCUAUUUUCAAGAUGAGAAACUUAUCAUUCGAUGCAUAAAUCACUGCAUGAAAAACCACCUUUUGUAUAUCCAAAAGAUGGACAAAAGGCCACAUUUCAUUCAUUUUUUUUUUUACACCUUUUAUGCUCCUUUAAUUUUUUAAUGAAAGGUACAAAAGAUCAAAUUUUGUACAGCUUUUGAAUGCAAAAAAGAUAUCCAAAUGGCCCACUUUUAUACACCUUUUUUUACAUAAAUAUAUAUUUUCCCAUCUUUUUGAGAAAAACAUUUUGUCUUUUUGCAUCUUUUUACAUAACAAAAUCUGACCUUUUGAUAACUUUGCCAUUAAAAAUUUCUACAUUUAUAUACCUUUUAUAUACUUUUCAGAUUUUGAUAUAUCAACUUUUAUUUACCUUUUCGUGAAUGAAACUCAUCUUUCUGCAACUUUUGCAGAGCUUUUAAUGUUACAAAAUGUCAACUUUUAACUACUUUUCUGCAUUAAAUUUCAACUUUCAUGCAGCUUUUUUAAAGGUCAAAAAGGCCAUCUUUUGACAUCUUUAAUACCUUAAAUCUCCACUUUUUUUUAUGGUAUUCAGAGUAAGGAAACAAUACUCAGACUCUAUUCCUUUUCAUAUGUGCACAGUAUAAAUAUUUGGCCAACUAUUUCAGCAGUUCAGUGGUAUAAUAAAAGUACUGGGAUCCAUUGAUUCGAAAUGAUCAUACAAAUACAUGUGUAGUUUAAAACAACAUUUUAUUUGUGUAAAACUAUACAACAAACAAAUGGAAAAAAACCAAAACAAAAUAUGACUAGAACUUGUAAGUGCUAGACAGGAGUAAAUUUAGUGUGUUAAUACUUUUGACCUACAUCCAUCUUUACCCAAAUCAAGUCUCAAAAAAUCAAUGACAUUGUUUUAGAGAAAGGAGAUUAUUGAGUUAUGUUUAAUGCUUAAAAUUCAAACAAAUUUAAUCCAGAAUGUAGCUACAAAAAAGUUGACUUUCCCUGAGAGCAUUAAUUUAAGAAUUAAUUUGCAUUACAUGAGGAGUCUUGAGGCCUUAUCAUGACCCUUUUCUUAAGAAGAAUUUUAAAAGAUUUUUCAUACAUGUUCCCAUGUAAAAAUUUCAUCCCUUGUUGUGGCCUCAAUGUUUGUAGCCCAAACUUAUCCCCUGGGGUCAUGAUUUUAACAAGUUUAAUCUAAUCUACCUGAAGAUGCUUGCAUGAAUAUGACAAAUCUUGGCUUUGCUAGCGCUGUUCUUGAGAAGAAGUUUCAAGAUUUUUCCUAUCUAUAGACCGAUCUUAAUUAGAUGCUCAUAAAUAUUCAUAUAAAACCGAAAGCGAGGCUAAGCUAGGUGUUCCCAUAUGUAAACAACAUGGCGUGCUCCAGUGCAACUGCUACUACGACUGCUUUUACGAAGGAUUUAUCUCUUGUUCCCGAUGUUACAUUCGUAUUCGUUGAGAAUUUUAUUAAAUCUCAAUCAACUAGCUCCGGAAAGGAACAAAUGAAUAAAGGUUUCAAGUACUACAGUGAGCAAUAUGUGCAUUCUGUGUCGGGUAAGUUGUCAAAAAUUUAUACGACAACAAUAUAACAAUGUACGAUUUUCCUUUCUGGUGUUCUGGAAAAGCUGCAGUUUUAAUAAUUCAGUAUGAGAGAUUAUCCAAUUAACCUAAUAUAAGGCUGCUUUUUCAAAAUGAUGGACAACAUGAACGGUAAAUAAUAAAGUUUAUCACCCAAAUCAAUUGAAAAAGAGGGGGGGGGGUCCAUUUUCGUUGUGCUUCGAGUGGUCUAAUAAUUUCAAGGUGUUUGUUUGCUGACCAUACAGUUAACAUUAAUUAUGCAUUGUCUACUAUCAAUGUUGUCAGAGAAGAGUGGAAGCCUCUGGAUUAAUAAUUUUCAAUCAAUUCAAAAGUAAAGGGAAAAAAGUUUCAAAAUGAUUUUUUAUAAAAAGCAUGAUCAUGUAGAAUUGUAUAAAAUGUGUUUACAUAUAAUUCAUCAUACAUUACUUACGGUUUUUCUUUCUUCACGCUGAAUACACACCGUAUCAUAUAGAAAAAUAUGAAGAUGUGGUAUUGUCAAUCACAAUUAUGUUAUUUUUCAGUUUAUGAAGAUGAUGAGGGUUGCCUUGUUAAAGGAAAAUGUUACACAUCACAAAGGAAAAAUGAGUCUCCCUAUGAUGUAAAGGUCUUGAUCAAUCAGGAACAAGUAGAAUAUUCAUUCUGCACAUGUGCCAUUGGACAAAGUGGAUAUUACGGCCAUGUAACAGCGCUACUCUACGAAAUAGCCUUUUAUAAACUGAUGAAAUAUAAGCUUAUUCCAACAGAUAUUGCAAGAACUUCAUUACCCCAAACAUGGCAUGUUCCAAGAGGUGAAAAACUACAGGGAGAAAAGGUUGACAAUAUUGUUGUGCAAGGGUACGACCGGAAUAAUCCACAGAGAGCUACAAAAGGAAUUAAGUCAACAUUAUAUAAUCCUAUAUGUGGAGAGGAGGAAUUGGAUGUGAAUGGGUUUUUGGAUGAAAUCAAGGACCUAAACAUCAUAUUUAACACAUCAGUAGAAAAUUCAACAGAAAGGGUGCAGACAAAAUUUGGCAAUUUUCAAAAAGGAAGUGUACUCAGCUAUCAGCAGAAGUUAGCAACUGAUUAUGUUCUUAAUCUGAUGGAAGUUAAUGACUUUCCAAAUUUGCCAGUGAGGAAUGUAAUGAAGGAUAAUGUGUCAUAUGUACUGAGUGAAAAUCAAUUAAAAAAAUUUGAUUCCUUGAAAUUAACAGAGCUUGAGAGCAUUGAAAUGGAGGAAAGCACCCGGGAGCAGUCGAAUGAUCCAAAGUGGCAUAAACUGCGGCAUGCUAGAAUCACAGCUUCUUCAUCAGGGGAAAUUGCCAAGCGACGGGCAGAUGGCAGAAAACUAGCAGAGAGGUUACAAACAGCUAGACGUUUUCAGUCUGCUGCUAUGAAACGUGGCAUUGAGUCUGAAGGUGUUGCUGCUCAAGCAUAUAGUGAGAAAAUGGAUAACAAUGUUAAUCUGUAUCCUUGCGGAGUGGUUGUUAGUCCUUUUUCUCAUUGGUUGGCUGCAACUCCAGACAGGAAAGUUUACUGUCCAUCAAGGGAUCCACCUUUUGGAUUGCUAGAAAUAAAGUCCCUGGACACUGAUGACUUGUCAAAAGUGAAAUGUCUUUGAGAGGACAAUGGACAAUUAAAAUUAAAAACAAACGAUAACUACUAUUACCAAGGUCAAAUGCAAAUGGCUGUAACAGGAUUAGAGUGGUGUGAUUUUUAUGUAUGGUUGGAAAAUGUAUCUCACUUGGAAACAAUUUAUUUUAAUGAGCAGUUCUGGCAGUGUGCAAAAGACAAAUUGGAUUUAUUUUUUCUGACUUAUUAUUUGGAAUAAAAUUUGUAUUUCAGUUAUUUGCUAAAUAUGUGAUAUUGUUAGAUGAAAUAAGAACAAAAAAUGUGAAACAUAAGUUUUAUUUUUUCUGCUUUAUUAAUGGCCUUCUGAAUAACGUAAGAAGAUUGGCCACGGUCCACAACUGGUUCACUGAUCCUGCAAUUGAGAGUGGUACUGUUGAUUGUAGUAGUUUAUAUUCCUUCACCCUC